AUGAUAUUAGAGUUUUUGAAUAAGAAACAAAAAGACAGCAUAUUAAUACUCCCUCCGUCCCGAAUUCUUGAUUUUCAUGCUCGAGUGAAAACACCUUUCGUGAUCAAUGCAUAUCCUUAUUCUGCAUACAAGGAUGACCCUAACGAAGUGCCACUAGAUUAUGUACUUCUCCAGCCUAAUCAAGGGAUGGUGGAUCCGGUUACCAAUUUGAAACAUGGUAACAUGUAUGCUCAAGUUGAUGCUGUUUAUUCAGCUAUCAAAGCAAUGAGACAUACCACUAUCGAAGUCCGGGUCUGGCAUUCCCGAGGUGUCGAGGAUGAAGCAGGAGCUACACCAGAGAAUACAGGGUUGCACAAUGAUAACCUGUUGAAAAGAAUAGAAGAGAAUUUAGGCAUAAUCUAUAGCUACAAGCAGUUGGGUUCUGCAUUGCGGAUUCCAAAAGAACCUAAUAGAAAGUAA